AUGUUGACGCUUCCUGUCGCCUCCGCCGAAACCUACGCGUCCUUCGCCACCUCUCUCGCCACCAACGCCCGUAGCGCCGCUGCUCUUCGCCUCGGCUCGGCGAAUUUCCUAGGCGGGCAUAAAGGCCUGCUCGCAUCCACCGUCGUGCCAGUCGCAUCCGUGAAGUCUUCCAGGGUUCGUUUUGCGCUCCCUCUCCUUCUCUCAUUCGUCGCAACGUUACCGAUCGCGCGCUCUGAACUGAUUUUGCAAGAGCCGGUCACCACGGAAUCGCUCUUCUCCUUCGCCGGGUGGGGCAAGCCAGCAGCGCCGAUGGCGGCGGCAGGAGUGGCGCAGGAGCCGGACACGGACAACCCCGGCGCGGGGCUGCAGUUCGCCGAGUUUGGCGCUGGCUGCUUCUGGGGCGUCGAGCUCGCCUUCCAGCGGGUCCCCGGUGUGGUCAAGACGGAGGUUGGAUACACGCAAGGCGUGAAUGACAAGCCCACAUAUGAGCAGGUAUGCUCUGGGCGCACAGGGCACGUAGAGGCAGUGAGAGUGGUGUAUGAUCCCAAGGAGGUGUCCUACGAGGGUCUGCUAGACGUGUUCUGGAACAGGCACGACCCCACCACGCUUAACCGCCAGGGUGGUGAUACGGGGACGCAGUACCGCUCAGGGAUCUACGUUUUCUCUCCUGAGCAAGAGGAAAUUGCGAAGAAGUCGCUGGAGGCGAGGCAGGCUCAGAUUGGUAGGAAGAUAGUGACGGAGAUUAUGCCCGCUAAGAAGUGGUACCCUGCUGAGAGCUACCAUCAACAGUAUCUUGCCAAGGGUGGGAGGUUUGGCAUGGGGCAAUCAGCUGCUAAGGGUUGCACGGAUCCCAUCAGGUGCUACGGCUAA